AUGUUCAUAGCUGAAAUCUUUUUUUUGAUCAUUUUUGAAAUUGUGUCCUUUAUUGGUAUUUUGGGAAAUGGAUUCAUUAUAGUUGUGAAUGGACGCCAAUGGUUCCAAAGCAGGAAGAUGACCCCUUCUGAUUUCCUCUUGACCAGCCUGAGUGCCUCCAGAUUUAUCAUGCAGUUGGGUCUUCUGAUAAACUACAUUGUGUACUUCAGUCUAGAUGUCCAUUUUGUCUCAGAUGAUGUCAUGUUCUUUUCCUGGAUGUUUUUCAACAUGACCAGCCACUGGUGUGCCACAUGGCUGAGUGUUUUCUAUUGUGUAAAGGUCACCAACUUUGCCAACCCCCUCUUCCUCUGGCUGAAAGCAAGGAUCAAUAUGCUUGCACCCAGGCUGCUUGGACUGUCCAUAGCUGUUUUCGUGGCCUUUUGUCUUCCUUCACUUGUUGAUUAUUUUGGACACACAAAGUGGUGCAAUCUGACAGAAACUCUGCCGGGGAAUGCUAGCCAAAGAGAGGGUUGUGUCACUGCUGCCAUUAUUUUUCUUCCAAUUCAAUUUUCUUUUUAUGUCAUAAAUUUGUGCCCAAGCACAAUUGCAAUCAUUCUUUUGCUUGUCUCUCUGUGGAGACACACAAGAAAUCUCAAGAAAAGCGGUGUUGGUGUUCAGGACCUCAGCACUCAGGUUCACAUUAAAGUCAUGGCCCUUUUGUUGUUCUGGUUUUUCUUCUACUUUGUAGAUUUCAUUACUUUGACAGUAUAUACUGACCGCGUUAUUCAUAUUGGGGAAGUUCAAGGACUGCUUCUUGGCAUCUUGAUGUCUGCAUUUCCUUCUGCACACUCUAUUAUAUUGAUAAUAAACAAUCCUAAACUGAAAGAAAUGUAUGCUUACGUCAUUAAAAAAUGUUUGCUCAUCAUAGACAUCAGGCACAGAACAUGGAAAAAAGGGCCUUCCGUACCAGACAGGAAAAGACAUUCCCUCCCCAUUUAA